AUUUUGUUUCGACUGUAGAGACACAGGAGUAGAUUUGUGAGACUGAAGAGCGAGUGCUCGGAUUUUGAAAGGGCGGGCGCAUGCUUGCGUAUUUCCGUUUCGGGAUUCUUCCGCGUACAGCCCAAACCAUAGACAAAAUCUGAAGUAAAGUCGAUGCUACCCACAAACCAACUCUGUCUAAAUACGCAGAUAGUUCAGUAUUCUGGAGUGUAAAUAUUGGGCCGCCACAAAGCUUUUUCGUUGAUAAAACAGUUAACAGAUAAAAAUGUUGGGGGUAACGCUUACCUGAUCAAGUAGGCGAUAGGCUACCGUCAUCCAUCAACAAUCAGGUGACCUAGUGGGGACCUCCUCUGAUUGAAGGGAACCAUGUUGGACCACACCGAUCCAAGUCUCCCGCCCGAGGAGCGGGUGCGUGCCUUAACCAAAAAGGGGAGUGUGGUGGACGUCAACGAGAACGUGCCCGCUCGCCGCUACUUCCGCUCCGGCAUGGAAAUGAUUCGGAUGGCCCACACCUAUGCUGAGGAAGGGAACACAGAGCGUGCUUUCAUCCUUUACAAUAAAUACAUCACGCUUUUCAUUGAAAAGCUGCCAAAACAUCCAGAGUAUAAGACUUCAGCUAUUCCGGAGAAGAAGGACACUUUAAAGAAACUCAAGGAGGUUGCCUUCCCUCAAGCAGAAGAGCUGAAGAAACAUAUCAUUAGGAGAUAUGAGAGAGAGUAUGCUGAGUAUCUUGUCAGAAAGCAGGAGGAGGAGGAGGCCGUCAUGUCCCAGAAGCUGUCGAGGCAGCAAGAGCUGACGGUGGAGAGGCAGCGCGUGGCGGAGAUGCAGCGGCGGCAGCGCGAGCAGGAGCAGUUUAGUGCCUUCGAGGAUAUGAUCCGCUUGCAGGAGCUGGAGAAGGAGCGCAAGCGUGUCCUCCAGGAGUUCAACGACCCGGUUCCCAGUGCCCUCAACCCCGGCGGCCCGCUCAUCCCCGGCAUCCAGGGGCCACCCCUCCCCUCCCCGCAGUCGCCUUCCCCGGCUCAGAGUUCUGUGUGCCCUAGCGCCAACCACUCCAGUGAACCUGCCCGGACACCUGUAUCGCCUCCUGCUUUUGACCGUUCGCUCAAGCCAGGAUCCCUGAUCUCACCUAGCAACAGCAUCAUGGUCGAUGGGCUGAGGCAACUGGCUGUGCCGGCUGAGCUUUGUAGCAACUUCCUGAGACUGGCCAAUGCCAACACUAUCAGAUCAGUGGAGACCUGUGGGAUUCUCUGUGGCAAAUUGACCAGGAAUGCUUUCACGAUUACCCAUGUGAUCGUGCCAAAGCAGUGUGGCGGCCCAGACUACUGUGACACCGAGAAUGAAGAGGAGCUCUUCCUGGUCCAGGGAGAGUAUGACCUCAUCACUCUGGGCUGGAUUCAUACGCACCCUACACAGACGGCGUUCCUAUCCAGCGUUGACCUUCACACACACUGCUCCUACCAACUAAUGCUGCCAGAGGCCAUCGCUAUCGUGUGCUCCCCAAAGUUCAACGAGACGGGAUACUUCAGUCUGACAGACUAUGGAAUGGAGGAGAUCUCUACCUGUAAACAAAAGGGCUUCCAUCCACACUCCAAACAUCCUCCUCUCUUUGCUGAGGGAAGCCAUAUCGUUAUCACAGAUGCCACAGUCACAAUGCUGGACCUACGAUGAAGUGUGAUCACAUACAAGAGAUGGUGCAAUGAAGUGGAUAUCAAUCCCUCUUUAACUUUAUAUUCUCUUACUUUCGGUGGCAACUAGCACUCCAAGAACCUGGAUGGGGAGAUGAUUUAAGCCAAAACCAGAGAGCUUUGGAGUGUAAUUAGGGAAAGGACUUCUAUGGGCAUAUCAGCCAGUCAGUCUGAUACACAAGUGUAAGAAAGUGAAUAAAAAUCCUUUAAAAUGUUGUCUACUGGGAGCUCAGGGAUGGACACUUAACCUCAGAAUACUCGUUCUCUCAUUAGGAUUGUAUCACUGUAUAGUUCCGUUACUGACCCUCCUGUCUUUUACUCAUCUUUAUUUAUAAUCCCCGAAUGGUUCCUCACCAGUUGUUGCUAAACUAUUAAAGGAGAGAAGUGAUAUUUUUCAAAGAAUGG